CAAAUGUAUGUGUGUGUGGGUGUAUAUAUAUAUUGAAUGGUGCAAUGGAAAAUCAUUAUUAUAAAUGAAAACGUGUGAAAUGUGCUCAAAGGCCCAGACGACCAACAACAAUAGCAGCAGCAGCAGCAGCAACAACAAUAAUAAUAAAUACAACAACAAUAAAAACAACGACAACACCGACAGCGACCGACAACUCCCAACUGUAUGUGUGCGUAUGGUGCGGGGGUGCGCAGUGAAGCAGCAGCAGCAGUAGGCCAAGGGGCGACAGCAAGAGAAGGAGAGAGAGAGCGAGAGAGAUAGCAAGGGAGUAAGAGAGGUAAGGGCUGUAUUUCGUGUAUGGGAGGAUAUUUAAUGUCAAAGCUAAGUAAAAGGCGACAAACACAACGACACGAAACACACACAUACAACGCGACGUAAUAUGCAUGGCCAUUAAUUACGCCAAAGAAGGUCAAAAGUUAAAUAUUGCUAUAUGGUAAGUAGCAAGAAGAAGGCGAAACACCAGGCACCCCGAAGACGAAGAAGAAGAAGAACAGUAGCAGCAGCAUUAACACGAAGCAGAAGAAGGAACUACACACUAAACUGAACUGAAAGUAGAACAAAGAGGCAAACGAGAGAGCGAGAUACAGAGAGUGAGCGAGAGACGGAGACGAAACAGCGGCAACAACAACAAAAUAUUGGUUCAAAAAAUAAAAGGACAAAAGAUACAUUAUGUCGGCAGCAGAACUUGAGGCUGAAGGGGGUGCUAAUUCAGAGCAACAGCAGCAGCAGCAGCAUCCGCAACAACAUCAACACCAACAACACCAACAACAACAGCAGCAACAGCAACAACACCAACCAAAUGAACAUCUUAGCACUGCCAUUGAAGAGACUUUAGCAACAUCAAGCAACAACAAUAAUAACUACAACAAUAACAUUAUGGUUGAAGAACAAAUGCAACUAAAUAAUAUGCUGCAACAUGCCCAGCAGCAGCAGCAACAACAACAACAGCAACAGCAACUGGAAACCAACAAUGACCUAAGCGGCCUGGGUCUUAGCCUAAUGCAAUCCUCACCACCCCCACACAGUUAUCGUCAUUCGAGAGCCUAUCGUCAUUUUAAGAAUCCACCACAACCCCACAUGUGCAUACGGACCACCACGGAGACGGGGGAGGAGCUAUUCAUCAAUGUCCUUAGCUGGACACGCAUUGUGAUACCACAAGAACCCAGUGAUCCCAUACCUCUCUAUGGCGGCAUGCGCGUGCCACCCGGCAGUCCGCGUAGUCCACCAAUUGUAUUUGCCGUUAUGGCCAAUCCAGAGGUACUCAAAGAUUCGGGUCGUCAUAGCAAAGAUCCUGAAGAGCGUCGCGCAAUGGUGGAACUAAUGUGUGACUUUGUGGAGGCUAUGAAUCCCGGCGUGAAAUUAGUCAGAAACGCCGUCAUACUCAAGGAUCGUGACAUUUCUGGUGAGCUGAAAGAUGUUUGGAAUGCGGUGCAGGCACAACGAGAUCGUGAACGUGAAGAGCAAAUGCUACAGCAGCGUCAGCAGCAACAUUAUCAGAAUAUAACCACACAGCAAAUGUUUCCCAAAUCGCCAGAUGCUGCAAGAGCGGCCAGUGGAGGUGGUGGUGCUGGUCAGCUAACUGAGGGAGGCAACUCAUUGCAACCAGCUAGCAUAGCCGAAUCAGUGCCCGGAGAUGGCCAGGGUAAUGGUAAUGGCAUUACUUUGGCUGUUUUUGCCCAACAAUUGGAUAACAAAGUAGCCAGUGAGCAAAUCGAGCAGCAGCAGCAGCAGCAGCAACAACAAUCGUCAGAAGAUUCACACAACGACAGUUGUGUGGAUCAGACAGAUAAUGGUGGUACUUCGAUGGAUAAAACAAAUGGAUCAUUGGAGAAUGCAGAUGCCUUAGAAAUGGAAAUGAACGCCAACAUAAAUAGUAAUGGAGGCGGGGGCAACGGUUCCAUUCAGCCACCAUUAGCUACAGUUGUCACGCCUGUAGUCACGCCCAAUCCUCAAUCAUCACCAGCACCAUCAGCACCUUUACCAGCUCAAAUACCUGUUGCCAUCGUCCCAGCUCCUGCCUCAGCUCCAGCUGUUACACCAGCUCCUGCACCAGUACCAGUACCAGUACCAGUUCCCACUCCAGCUCCAGCUCCUGCUAAAAAAGAAAAAUUGGGCGGUUUUCUGCCCAACGGUUGCAUUUUCCCGCGUUUCAAAAACAACAAGCACAAGGAUAAGGAUAGCAGCAAUCACAAGGAGACAAAAAGCAAAGAGAAAACCCUUUUGAAUGCCCUCAAAAAGAGCAAAGAGAAGAAAGUGGCGCCCAGUGAGCAGCAGCAACAGCAACAACAACAGUCGGCGACAAAUAAUGGCGAAAAGGCCAGCACAACCGAUGCCGCCAGCCAAUAUGAAAAGAACUGCAUCAAUAAUCUGGAAUGUGAGGUCCAGAAACUUGAUUUGAACAAUAGCAACAACGAUAAUAAUAUGUUUAUCAAGCUGAAAGUAUCAACGGCUCAGGCAACGCCAGCAGCAGCAGCAGCGGCUGCCAAGUAAAAUUCUUCAAAUUAAGUUGCAACACAAAGAAAAUUUAAGUAGAGAGGUAAGUAGAUACCUACCUACACACACACCACACACCACAUACACACACACACACACACACACACACAGAAGGAUAAAACUAGCACUCACUAGCUAUAAUAUUAGCAAACUGACCUGAUUGAUGGUGAGUGAACAAAAAGGAUCCAUUUACUCACUACUCCAAUUGGUCAUUCCUCCUGGCACCUAGACAUAGAAGAGAAGUCUUGGACAUCAUGUAGCAUAUAUACAAAAAUAUAUAUAUAUAUAUAUAUAUAC